UUUAUUAAACCAACUUUACAUAUAUAUAUAUGACAUUGAUUUUAGAAUUUGCAAAUGGUCUUAGUCUCAUUGUGAUGAGCCUAUAAAACGUAGUGCACGUGACAUCCCGACAAUUUUGAGAAAAAAACACUUUAUAUCGGAGUUGUCUAUUCAUGACAUAGGAGGUGAGGAGGUUGACAACCCUAAUCAAAUAUUCAAAAAUGUAUUACAAUAAUGAGAUGUAUCCACCAAUCCAAAGAAAGGAUAGGCGGGAGCGAGACAGCCCGUGGUGCCGCUUUGUGGACAAGGACUCCCAUUGUUAUGGCGGGGUCGAGACAUGUAGUAUCUUAUCUGAAUAUCCAUGAACUUUGAUACUGUAGUGUAUUUCCCCAUAUUCUCGCGAUGAUUACAAAAUAAGAAGUUUCGGCGACAGAUGCUCAAAUGUAAAAAUAAAUAAAUAUAUAUAUAUAUAUAUUUUUUUUACAGCCAGCGGCCACACACAGACAAAAGAGCGCACCAGCGGCGUCUGGGACAUGCCAGUAGUUUCAGCUAUCGCGUGUGUUUACAAGUUAACCAGGAGUUUGAAGUGCAGGCGGAGUUGCAGCUUUUGUCGGGUUCUGCUUUUUGAAUCAUAAAAGCAAAGUUGACUAACUUGAGGUGCUGCGCGUACCAGACAGGGUUAAACAUUGACAACCACGCCAGUGACCUAGUGCAUGUGGAAUGGCAGCUUCCCGGCUGGUAAAAGGUAUUCUGAAGAACAAGAACAGCAGGACAGGCAUCAAAGUGGGCCCGUCCGAAGAAGUACCAGUAGAGACUUCAGAACAAGCGGCGCUUGGACUUCUGGAGGAUGACCCACAGAAGAAGUCACAGAAAUGGGACGAGAUGAACAUACUGGCAACGUACCACCCGGCAGACAAGGACUACGGGAUGAUGAAGAUCGAUGAGCCUAGCACACCCUACAACAGGAUGGUGGAGGACGAAGGGGCGCACAGCGACUCAGAGGGCAAUGUGCCCAACGUGGACGACCUGGCCUCGAAAUUGGCAGCAGCAGAGGGAAAGGAACCACGCUUCAUGAGAGAGGAGGAGGAGGAGGAGGAGGAGAGUAGUGAAGAAGAGGAAGAUGAACUAACCCCAGAGGAUCAAGCGAAAAAUAAGCAGUUUCAAAUGAUGAGGAAGAUGCAUUACAACGAGGGCCUCAACAUCAGGAUGGCCAGGCAACUCAUAGCUAACGAAUUGGCGGAAGAAGUGGACGAGGACGAAGAGAUGAGAGACGAAACGGAGGACAUCAACGUAGACUCUCCGCAAGACGCUCUGGAUUCCUAGAGGAGGACGCGCCACCUCUCCUGUCCCCAGCCUGUCUCGGCUUCUGACACAUUUAAGAGACACUUAGCCACACAGUGCCGGGCCAUAGAGCAGACGGACACCGCUUCACAAUCUUCCCUCAAACAACCCCUGUUCAUGCUUGUUUAUAUUUCCCAGUAACACUGAAAUGCAAAGCAUUUUCACCCUGCUGGUUGCUUCUCUUCAUUGCCAAGAGUCCCUCACAAAAAGUUGUCAUUGCCUCAAAGGAACCAGACCUCAAGGAACGGAGACCUAAAGACUGUUCUUAUCAGUGAGGACUCCUGCCUUGCUCGCUCUCUGUCCAUCUCUUUGUCCCGGCUUCUCCUGAGCAUCUGGUCGAAUGCUGUCAGAAAGAACAGCAGCACCCAUUGGAUUUCUCAUUGAAUGAAAGUGGUGGAAUUUUUUGCUGACGGAGGUAGGAGGGAUUUGGUCUCUUGAUUUUUGUCUUGUUCCUUCUGUCCCCAUACCUGUUUUUGUUUAAUUUUUAAUUUGUUUUAACUAUCACCAGAACCUUAUAAUAUAUAUAAUAUAUGCCAUUUAGCAGACGCUUUUAUCCAAAGCGACUUACAGUCAUGUGUGCAUACAUUCUACUCAUUGGAGAAAUCUGAAACCUUGAUGAGCUAGCUGCGGUUUUCUUUCUUUCUUCUGUUGUUUUUUUCCUCCGUUCCAAUCUUGGAUUUGGUGUUAUCUGGAAUGGAUAUAGGAAUGGCAGACUGCAUUUUUAACCAGCCCACGGGGCAUCUCGAUAUCUAAGGUGACCAGCAUUCGACUCAGUCCUACACAUAUUUACGCCCACUAUAGGAUUUGGUACAGACGCAUGUGCACUGACUAAUAGGAAUAGCUAUGUUUCCAACAACAUACCAUUAUCUUAAUAUGGUGGCUACAUUGACAGCUAAACCUAUUUAUGCUCAUGCAAUAAAAUGAUAUUAAUUUAUUAUGUAUUGCCUUGUGAUGACAGAAAUGAGGUCAUUUCACACAGGACUACUGCAUGUCAAAAUGUAUAUGCAGAUGGUCAGGUUUGCCAUUAUACUUAUGGAACCCAGCUGUAUUAAGCAUGGCUACUAAAGCCUUGUGGCCAUUGGCACUAAUGCGACAUUUGCUCACUAAGCUAAUGAGGGAUAGCAUUGGGGAAAUGAACCCCAGAGAAGGUUUGUACUACUGAUAAGCAGGGGUGUAUUUGCUAUGAACCAAACAGCUAAAAUGGCAAGGGAUUAAUCUGCACUUGUCCAAUAACAAAAUAUUUUUGCUACGGUGUCCACUAAGGAUACACCCCAGGAUUGUGUCCAAUACAGUAUCUGACAUUUUGUAUUAAGUGUAUGGUAUUGUAGCAUGUCCUUGAUUAGGAACAAUUAUCCCCCAUUUUCAUUUUUGCUACCUUGCUGAUAAAAUGAGUGAUAUCUGGGCAACCAAGACAGUUAGCUAUUGUGUAUGAUGGAUUUUGAAUCAUAGCACCUUGAUGUGCAUGUGAACUUUUGAGAACCACAGUCCUCCCAUGAUGACUAAGUUUCUCUUUUAUUUUUAUAGGCACAUAAGAAAAAAAAUCUCGUUUUAUCAGGACAUGUAGAGAUGGUUUCAUCUUUUCUUCUCAGAACUAGAAUUGAGCCCUUUCGUUUCACCUGUCUAAAUGGCCAUAAGAGGCUAUCCAUUGGAUUCUGUCCUUACAAUCUCAAAAGCUCACUACUGGAUCCUUUUGGAAAAUACAACACCCACAGGAAAUACUGACACACUGCAUUCCCACUUUGUUUUUUUAGAUAUUUUUUUAUCGUGUCAAUGUUAAGGGAAGAUUUAUUGACAAAAACCAACAAGUUAAUUUGAGUAAUUAUCUUAACUUAUGACUAGCUUUUUGUAAAAAACAACAACUUGUAUGAUACUAACUAUUGGUCGAUAUUACAAGGCAUAUGUGCCUAUAUAAUGUAUUUAUGUACAUGUCUAAGUGAAUAGGCUACGUUCAACGGCUUGGAUUCCCCUGUCUAUUUGUUGUUUAGCUUAAUUUUUACCAUGUUUUCUUGACACAUUUCAGUUGAAUGCAUUCAGUUGAACUGACUAGGUAUCCCAGCCGCUUUCCCUUUCUUUACUAGGGACAGUGGACUAAGAUUCUGUCUCACAUGAUCAUUUAUCUGUCCCCAAAUAAUGGGGACUUGUUUGUUUUUUAGCUCUUUAAAUGGGUUUGUUCUUAAUUAUAAGUGUUUUUAUUUUUGUCUCACAUUAAAAUGUUUUAUGGA